AUGGAUGGGCAGAAGAUUUCCAACAACGGUUCGUUUCAGGUCGGCUCCCAGGACGAGCGCCUUUCUUUCCAGCACCUCGUGAACUUGAAGUUUCCUGGCGACAAGGUUGAAAUGCGGGUGGUUCGUGAAGGGCGUGAGAUCUGUUUGGCCGUGCCUGCCUACCCGAUUCCAUGCCUCGUGCCUCGGGAGGUUCAUGACCGGCUGCAGUCUUGGUUUCUUUACGGUGGCAUGCUCUUCUUGCCCUUGACCUCGCCAUAUUUGCAGGAGUGGGGCGAGCAUUGGCGGGAGGAUGCCCCAGUCGAGCUCGCGAAUCUCGUCUCGGAGGGCUUCCGCUCCGUCCCCGAAGAAGAGGUUGUCGUCCUCAGCAAGUGCUUCCCAUCCAAGCGUACGGCAGGCUAUGGGUACCUCAAUGACCGGAGGGUGCUCAAGGUGUGCGGCCAGCCCGUCGUAAACCUCCAGCAAAUGUAUUCGCUCAUCCAGGAGUUGCAUCCGCAGCGCAAGUUUCUGGAGUUUUCUCUGCAAGCGUUGGGAGCCGAUGCAUACUGCGCCGUAGACACCGAUACAGCAGAGUCGAUCACCGAGGAUGUGAUGCGAGUCUACCGGAUUCCCAGCAUGGCUUCCGCAGACCUGCUGGAACUGCGAAGCGCUACUGGUAGCACUUCCAACGGACGUGCAGGAUCCGAGGAGCUGGUACAUUGA